CGACGCGGGGCGGUUGGCUCCAGACAAAUAAACAUGGAGUCCAUCUUCCACGAGAAACAAGAAGGCUCACUCUGUGCUCAGCAUUGCCUGAAUAAUCUAUUGCAAGGGGAAUAUUUUAGCCCUGUGGAAUUAUCCUCUAUUGCUCAUCAGCUAGAUGAAGAAGAGAGGAUGAGGAUGGCAGAGGGAGGAAUCACUAGUGAAGACUAUAGGACAUUUUUACAGCAACCUUCAGGAAAUAUGGAUGACAGUGGUUUCUUCUCUAUUCAAGUUAUAAGCAAUGCCUUGAAAGUUUGGGGUUUAGAGCUAAUCCUCUUCAACAGCCCAGAGUAUCAGAGACUCGGGAUCGAUCCUAUAAAUGAAAGAUCAUUUAUAUGCAAUUAUAAAGAACACUGGUUUACAGUUCGAAAAUUAGGAAAACAGUGGUUUAACCUGAACUCUCUCUUGACGGGUCCAGAAUUAAUAUCAGAUACUUACCUUGCACUUUUCUUGGCUCAGUUACAACAGGAAGGUUAUUCCAUAUUUGUUGUUAAGGGUGACCUACCAGACUGUGAAGCUGACCAGCUCCUGCAGAUGAUUCGGGUACAACAAAUGCAUAGACCAAAACUCAUUGGAGAAGAGCUAGCUCAUCUAAAAGAUCAAAGAAUGCAGAAAAUAGAUCUAGAUCAGUCUUUAGAAGCAAGUCAUCCGUAUGAUGGAACAGGAAUGUUAGAUGAAGAUGAAGAGAAUCUACAAAGAGCUCUAGCACUAAGUCGACAGGAAAUCGAUAUGGAAGAUGAAGAAGCAGAUCUGCGAAGAGCAAUUCGACUUAGUAUGCAAGGUAGUUCCAGAAAUAGUAUUUCAGAAGAUAUUCCACAGACAUCAGGUACAAAUUCACCAGCAUCUCUUUCUUCAGAAGAGCUACGAAAGAGAAGAGAAGCCUACUUUGAAAAACAACAGCAGCCAGAACAGAUUUCCCAUCUACGUGAAACGCCAACUACAAGUACAGAUACAUUUGAAAAUGAUACAGGUGAUGAUAUGACUGAAGAAGACAUGCUUCAAGCUGCAAUGAAUAUGUCUUUGGAAACUGUUAGUAAUAAUUUGAAGACUGAAGGAAAAAAAUAGCAGAGUGACUUUAAAAAAAAAUCAAAAAAUUCAUAUUUCUCAACAUUGACUCCUUGUGCAGAUAUUCUAUACAGAGUUCAUUCAAAGAUAUGUCAGAGCAACACAAUAUUCAGAAAACUUAGGGGAAAAAGCUUGCAAAUAAUGAUAGACUGCAUCAAGUGUAGAACUAAAAAAUAUAUCUUCCAAAUACUGGCCAAAGAGGCAUUCAACUAUUAAAGAACUAGAUAAUAGUUUUCUAAAUAAUUCAUUUACUCUCUUUUUUUGGGAAUGGGCAAUAACUUCUUAAGACUUUUUCAAAAAAACCUAUUUGCAGACCAACUGAUAGGAUCUAGAUGCAGUUUUUUUCCCAACUGUUGGAUAAUCUGAUUUACUCCUCUCUUGCCUUCUCAUAGUUGCUUGUUUCUUAGUACUCCAGUUGGCCUUAAUGCAAGGAGUGUCACUUGUCUAUAUUAUUCCAGGUAUGAUGUUUAAUGGAGUAAAUCAUUCUAGCCACAACUGUGGUUUGUGUGCUCUGGUUCCCCCCCCCCCUUUAUUUUACAUUGUCUCUGACCUCAGUUUAUUUUCUAUAUAGUUCUCAUAAAGGGAUCAGUAUCCUAUAAUUGGUGCAUUCCUGGAUUUGAAGGGAACCCUGAAAAAAUGAGUGUUGAGACAGAAUAUUCAGUUUAGGGAGAAUACAACUAUUUUUCCAGGUGCUUUAUAAAUUCUCUAUUAUGUUAAAAUAUUCCAGUGUUUAGAUGAUUGUCCCUAUAUUACACACCUUGAUGUCAGUCAACUUGUUUCCUCUGUUGCGAAGGAAAAUGAGGGAAAGAAAGUAUGCAAGCUAGCUUGUGUGAAUUGUAAGACUUGAGGUCCAAGAUACAUGUGUAAUGGACUAAUCUAGGUUACCUGGGUAUAUCAUUCUGCAGCUGUUUUAUUGAGAAUGGUGCUUUCUGUUUUACAAAAUUUGAAGUGUAUGGAAAUGUAGAUAAAAGCUCCCUUGACCUAUAUUCCAUUUUCAUAGAAAUAUCUUCACAUGCAUUAAUCUUGGAAGACAUGGAAGUACUUACUAAAUUAUAUUUAAAAUUAUGCUGUAUCUUGACACAUGCUCUUUAGCUAGAGAUAUAAUAAUUUGAUAAAUCAA